AUGUGGUGGGAUGCUGGUGGUGUGGGAGGGAAGAGGGAGUCAGGGAAUGAAGAGGUGCGGUUCAUGCACCUGGACCUCGCCAGCCUGCGCUCAGUGCGAGCCUUUGCCAGCACCUUCCUGCGCCAGGAGCCCCACCUGCACCUCCUCAUCAACAACGCGGGGGUGAGCGCUGGGGGCACGACAGAGGAUGGCUUCAGCCUCCCCUUCCAGGUGAACCACCUGGGCCACUUCCUGCUGACCCAGCUGCUGCUGGAGCGGCUGCGGAGCUGCGGGCCCAGCCGGGUGGUCAUUGUCGCCUCCAGCGCCCACUGCGCCGGCCGCCUGCGCCCCGAGUCCCUGGGCCGCCCUCCCCCAGGGCUGUUCUCUGCCUUCCAGGACUACUGUGACAGCAAGCUGGCCAACGUGCUGCAUGCCCGCGAGCUGGCCACGCGGGAGCAGGACACACAGGUCACCUGCUACGCCGUGCACCCAGGUGGCUGCUGUGGCUCUGAUCAGAAGCAGUAUGUGUAUGGAGGCUGGGCUUGGGCUUGGUGGUGCAUUACUGACACUCAGAGGUAA